AUGUUGGCCAAUCGCAUACUCGGCUUUUUGCUCCCCGUAGCACAUGCGCAAUACAGACUUGUUGAUAGUUAUACGCCAGCAAACUUCUUCAGCAAGUUUAAGUUUUGGACUUCUGUCGACCCUACCAAUGGCUACGUUCAAUAUGUCAAUCAGUCAGUGGCAGAAGAAAACAAGCUCAUUGCGGCCAUCGACACCAUUUACAUGGGCGUCGAUAUGACCAAUGUCUACGACGUGGGGGGCCCGGGAAGACCAAGCGUUCGCAUUCAGAGCAUUGACACUUACAAUCGCGGCCUCUUCAUCCUCGACCUCAACCACAUGCCCUGGGGAUGCGGAACAUGGCCGGCAUGGUGGACAGCAGGAAACUUGACCAAUUGGCCAGCGGAUGGCGAGAUAGAUAUCAUCGAGGGGGUGCAUACGAACACUCUCAACACAAACCAGGCAUACACAUCAGACGGCUGCUCCGUAGCAGGAACUGGCCAGACAGGGGUAGCGGAUGACUUGAACUGCAGCGACGGUUGUGGCAGCACGGCGGGCAGCUACGGCAGCUAUGGCGGCGACUUCAACACGGAUGGCGGAGUCUACGCAAUGGAAUGGACGUCCUCGUUCAUCCGCGUGUGGUUCUUCCCCCGCGGCCGCAUUCCACCCACCAUCACAACAGCGGCGCCCGACCCGGCCGAGUUCGGCACGCCCAUGGCCAAUUUCCAAGGAAACUGCGAUAUCGACGCGCAUUUCAUCAACCACCAAAUCAUCUUCGACAUUACCUUCUGCGGCGACUGGGCCGGCCCGGCCUACCAGGACGCCGGCUGCCCUAUGUAUCAGGGAAUGGAUUCUUGGGACAGCUGCAAGCACUUUGUCGCUGGCAAUCCGGACAAGUUCUCUGAUGCGUUCUGGGAUAUUAAUUCCUUGAAUGUCUACCAGCAAGAUGAUCCGUUUCCCCAUGCCGUCCCGUCGUCGUCGGUCCCCGCGCCUACGCUUUCGGAUUCCGUUGCGCUGGGCAAGAAUGCGGGCGUUACUUCUUUGAUACCGUCAAUAUCGCCGGUGAUCCCCACGACCGCGUCAACAAGUAAGUCUGCCAUUCGGCUCGCUCUUUUCUUCUGCUCGUACUGA